UGCUGCGCAGUUCAACUCCACAUAAAGACGUCUACACACACCUCUUUCGCCCUCAUUCCAGCUCAAACAAUGAUGGUCUCGCCUUCCUUGCCUGCGAGCCUUCCGGUGAUUCUGCUUUUGCUGCCCCUGGUCUGCAGCGAACCCAUCCACAUCCCGCUUGUCAAUCGAAGGACUGAUCGAGUCCGCACUCUUACCGACCACUUUGCUGCCGGGUCGUCUGCGCGGUCAAGAUAUGGCUAUGCUACCGGUCUUCCAUCCACGUCUUCAAGGAUUCGACGGGGUAGCACGAUCGACUUCUCAAUGGAAGACCAGGGAGCCGACGCGAGUUACAUUGGCAGUGUUUCCAUUGGCACGCCACCACAGACCUUCUCGGUUAUACUGGACACCGGAAGUUCCGACCUUUGGGUCGUGGACUCACAGUGUCUAAGCUGUGGCGGGGGCAGCUCCUUCACGUCUUCAUCUUCGUCGUCGUUUCUGCAAUCAAGCAGCCAAUCAGUGGAAAUCGUCUAUGGCUCUGGGCAGGUGGCCGGAACUGUAGCUACAGAUACUGUUAGCAUGGGCAGCCUCAGUGUUUCCUCGCAGGGGUUCUUAUUGGCAGAGCAGCUUACGCAGAAUCUCAUCCAGGGUCAAGUUUCCGGCCUGAUUGGUCUGGCCUUCCAGAGCCUAGCGCAGACGCAGGCUGUCCCUUUCUGGCAAGCCCUGAUCAACGCUAAUCAACUGUCGUCACCCGAAAUGUCAUUCCACUUGCUUCGCUCCUUAAGCUCGGGGGAUGCGCCAGGGGGGACAUUCACGCUCGGGGGCACCAACGCAUCGUUGUACACAGGGGACAUCGACUUCCAGAAUCUCGUCCAGUCUCCCGCAGGUGCGGCACAGACAUACUGGCUCUUGGACAUGUCAGCCGUCACGGUUCAAGGGAACGCGGUCACUCUACCACAGGGAGAUUCGGUCACAGCUGCUAUUGACACUGGAACGAGCCUGAUCGGUGCUCCCAGCAGCACCGUUUCAGCGAUCUGGGCUGCCGUUGAUGGGGCAAGUCCUCUCUCCGCCUCGAUAGGCCAAGGAUACUACCAGUUCCGUGCGUUGCACUUGUCGUCUGUGUCUUGGCCUGUGGACGUACUGAGAUCCAACAGCCUGCUCUACCAACGUGAGCGUGACCCUCUCGUUCGGAGCAAAGCCUGGCCUAUUAGCCCUGAGGAUAUGAAUCUGGGGCCCAUUCAGCAAGGCAGCUCUUUUUGCGUCGGAGCCAUAUUCGACUUGACGCUUGGCUCACAAGCCAGUUCAGGCAGUCCCGGCUGGGUGGUCGGGACACUUUCCUGGUCAGCUCCUACUCUCAUCAGCAAUUCAAUUCUGUUUGACGACGAAUGUCGACAGAAAAAUGUGUACACCGUAUUCCGACAAACCCAGCGUCUGUUGGGUUUGCCCAGCUUCUUCGGACCCACUGUGUCGUCUUCAACGAGUGGAACUGCUGUCAUCCCAGGGAACCCUGGCCUACCGACCGGGUCAGCGUCGGGAUCAGCGUCGGGAUCGACCUCGACGACUGUUAUUGUAAGUCCCAGCGGUCAACCCAAAUCCAUGCAUUUGACCUAG